AAUAAGCUUUCUAACACUAAUUGCAGCCAAAGGAAAUAUCUCGACGCCGGAUGUUAGCGGGAAUCCUUCGUGUCAAAACUUAAUUCCUUGAUGCAAUGAAUACACCGGUGAUGUUUAACAAUGUGCCUACGCCGCCAGGAUCGGUUUCCUUGGCGGCAGCCGUACCCGAUGGUGGCUUACUGUAUGCCGGCAUUCGAUGCAUAAACUACAUAUCCGCACCACCGGCAAAUGGAAAAGAUCGGCCCCAGGUGCUAACCAUGUCGACGCGUAUUAACAUCCUUGCCCUGGAUGUGAGUCCCUUGUGGGGCAAUGCGGGUAACCACUUCGCUAUAGUAGGAGAUGAUCUAAGUGUCCAAGUUUGGGACUGCGAUUCCGGGGAGGCGGUCACCGGACAUAAGGCCCAUCAGCACCAGCACGAGGCGCGAGAUGUGCGGGCUGCCCACCACACGAGCAGCUCCGUGCUAAUGAGCUAUUUGGCCAACGGAAACAUUCUGUCGGCAGAUGCUAGCGAUCUGGUCAUCUACUGUGUGGCGUCUAACACCUACUGCCGCCGGCCGACCUUUUUGGCGCCGCGCAACCAUCAGCUCACCAUCCUGCGCUGCUCGCCCUACAACGACAAUCUGUUUGCCGUUGGAACAGCCGCAGGCAACGUAAUGGUCUGUGACUUGCGAAAAAUGAGCAUCGUGUACAAGUUCAGCGGCCACAAAGCGCCCAUUUGUGGGUUGGCUUGGCGCGAAGUCACUGCCAACCAAGAGGAAACUGAUGAUAGCAUCGAUCCAUAUAAAUGGCGUAGCCGCAAUGGCACAGAGGAUGAGAAGCCGAAAUCAAAACCCCCUCCGUUAGUCAAGAGCAAGGCGGCAGAAUCAGACGAUCUCUUCGACAUCUACAACUUCGAGCAUCUCGAGUGCGAGUUUGGUGCUCCAGCAGCUCCAGUUCGUCGCAAGUCCUCUGACAUAUGUGGCGAUGAAUUUGUGGGCUUGGAGAAGCCAUCGGGUGCUGGUGUCUUUGAUUAUGUAGAAGCAUGCGAAAGUAUGAAGGCUGAGCUGAUGGCCCAUCGCCAGGAGGCUGAUGUUCAGCACGUGGAGGUGACACUGAAGGACUGUGAGCCCACUAAUCCCACAGAUCCACCGAGCGACGCCAGUACCAUUAGCAACCAUCAGGAAAACAGCGAGUCAACGGAGGGCAGUCUGGAGGUCAUUCAUUACAGUUCCUCCAGCGAUGAUGCCGUGAUUGUGGAUGGCGAGGCUGCCAAACCCAAGAGAGAAGUUCUCCAUCACAUCUACCACCAGGCGGAGGUGCAUGCUCCUGAGACGCCCCAGGCCAAGCCGGAGCCGCAGACCAAUCUGAAUGCGGUGGCGUCUGUGAGCACUGAGACCCUCAGCUCGGUUUCAGUGAGCACCACUCGCCCGGACACAUUGCUCGUCUCAAUCGAUGGUAACGAAGUGAUGAUGAUCUGGAACACCAACACUGGAGCGCAUUCUGGAAAAAAUUACUCAAGGAGCAAAGUGGCAGGCAAGCACAACAACGUACACUGGCUUAACGAGCGCACCAUUGUGUCUAUAAGUCGCAACCAGUUGUUCUUCUGGACACUCGAGUACGAGCGCAGGAUGCUGCGCUACAAGAUCAACAGGGACAGGCACUACUUCUGCAACCUGCAGGAUAUAGCUAUGGUUGCAUGCCCACCGAACCAUCAGGAAAUCUGGUUGUGCCGAAACAACCGCCAGAUCGAAUGGUUUAAUGCAAAGACCGGAAAGGGUAGUGCCUCCUACGGCACUGUGGCGUUUGGAGUGCGAGCUAUGGCUGAGUGCCCGGAUGACAUGAACAAAAUCGCCUUGGGCUGCUCGGACCGACGCGUUGCGUUCUUUGACAUAUCAAAGUUGUCCACCAGCUGCCUGCCGAUAGACAGCAUUUAUGUGAGCAGCAAUGUUUACUCCCUGGCCUGGAGUCCCGACUGCUUGAAUCUGGCCUUUGGCGGCUUCGAUGGCACCGUGGGCAUCCUAGAUGUGGAACGAAUGAAGGUGAAGGCCAUCCUGCGUACGCCUCACAAGAAGGAAAUAUAUUCACUGGCGUGGCAAGACCACUACAUCUACUUUGUGGUGAACCGCGUUUUCGGCUUCUUCGACCUUCGAAAAUCCAAGGGCGACCCCAUUCUUGUAAACUCUAUUGCUCGACCGAGUUAUCUGAGUGUUCGUGGAAACUUCCUUUUCGUGGGCACUGACGAUGGUCUGCUGCAGUUGCACGAGCGCAACUCCGACACUUACAACACAUGGAGUCCCUUUAUUCGCCAGUCAGCUUUGCUGGCUCGCUACAUAACCGAUAUAGCCUGGAGUCCCGUGGACACCAACAAAUUCGCUGUGGUGGGCAACGACAAGUUGGUGGUCGUUUUGGAGUUUCAGCCGGAUGACCGUAAUUGGAAAAAACUGCACACCUUCACGGCCACCGCGGAGAAGGCCUCUAUCACCUCGUUGAAGUGGAGCAACAAUCAGAAGAAUCAGCUGCUCACCUUCCACAUUGAAGGAACGGUGUGCCUGUGGAAUACCGACGGUCCGUUGAGGCCGCCGCUCACGGUCACCUAUCACUGCCCUAUGUGGUGUGGCAUUUUCCUGCCCUCCGACGAAAACAUCAUUAUGUGCUCCGGAAAGGCCGUCUCCGUGGAGCUGGUGGACAUCAGAAACGCUCUCACCGGAAACAAGAAAACCAUCUGUUCGAAGGUGGAUGCGCUGCUUAAUGUGAAGUGGGCGAGCAAGUCCCUAACCCAGCCCUUCGCACCAGUUCUCUCGGCAGCGGAGAAGAAGCGCCAGCGGCGCGAUCAACGUAAGGCUGCGUCCAAGCACCAGGCUGAGACUGCCGAAGAGGUUAGGGAGGCACCAAAGGUAACUCAGGCAUUGUCUGAAAAUAAAGAGAAUACAGCGCCAACGAAGGAUGCCCCUGUUGAGGAGAUGCUAGGCGCCCUCAGCUUGGACCAGAAACCAAAACAAGUGGUUGUUAAGGAGUGUACAAAGUGCAAGCAGUUGGAGGCCAAGGAAUCAACAGAGAGUGUUCUCUUUCAUAGCCGCACUUGCCUCUACCUCGCUCAAAAGGAGCUCAAUAAGUCCGCUCUGGAGAAGUUGGCCAUCGUUCUAACCGAAGAUGCUGCCUUGAUAGACAAAUCUGUACUUUUGUCGAAACUUUUUGGCACAAAAGUAAUGGCCAAGGACCUUAUUGCUACGGAGAUGACCAAUUUAAAACAUUCGAACACCAAGGACAUAGCUCCUCUGUGCCUGGCCUUAUCCACAUUUAAGCUCCGGGAAGAACUUGAGCAACACAUGACCAACAAGACCCUUACCGAAUGGCACAUUUCGGUGGCACCUUCCGUAUCUUUCACAUUUUGGCAGGAUUGUUGUCGCGCCUAUGCCAACCAAAUGAAAGAGAAGGGCUACAUCAUGCAUGCCGCCACAUAUCUUUUUGGAUUGGGAAUGCAAAAGGAGGCCAUAAAUCUGUUUCUGGAAAACGAAUAUUAUAAAGAAGCCCUUGUGCACGCACGCAUAUGCCUGCCAGCCACCGAUCCCUUGAUCAAAACGAUAAUCAACCGUUGGCUGGACCAGCUAGAAGGCACCGGCAACUUUGGAGCAGCGGCUCUAAUAUGUGUGCUGGACAACGAGAUGCUGCGCGGAUACUCGUUUUUGAGGAAGUACCGUAACUGCACACCCGAGAUAGCAGAGCUCAUGGAGCAGAUAAAGCGCAUCGGACAGCUGGGCUCGGUGCUGGAUGGAAGUGAUGCCGCUGAGCCAACCCAGAAUGGAGCAGCUACCGAUCACUCGGCAUAGAUUUAUUUUGAGAUUAAGUAUUAGCCAUAAAGUAAUCAGGCUGUUUUAGUUUACACUUUUGAAGUCACCACGUUACAAUCACAAAGCUAUUACCUAUUAGCUAGGCAUUUAAAGUAUACUCCAACGAAUCUUAACUAAUUUCUUUUAUAGAUAGUCAGAGACUGAGUGGAAUUGAAACUGUUUUUAGUUACCAUUUGAAUUCCAUAAUUUAAUUUAAUUACACCCGAAAGAAAGAGGGAAAACUCCAAAUGAAAAACAUAUAUCAGCGGCACAAUAGCUAGUAAACUACACACACAAAAAUACACACACUAAAAUUGAAUUUCAAAUAAACGAAAAUGAGAAGAGAA